AUGGAAGCUGAUUUGUGCCGAGAGGUCAAAUGUAAAACAACCACAGGGAAUUUUGAAAUUUGAACACAUCUAAUAGAAAAUUACCAAAUCAAACGUGGAAAAAUGAUCAUCUGUUUUUGUUCUGCAGCAGGACCCAGCAGCAUCCUCCACCUCUGAGGCCAACUCCGACAUGAGAGAAGGUGAAACGGUGGCCAUGAACUACAAGCCCUCCCCACUGCAAGUGAAAAUAGGUGAGCCUUAUUAUAGCAUCUCCACCAGACACACACACCUCUCCUCUCCUCACUCCCUACAUAUGUACAGCAUCACUGUGCCUGUGUUCUACUAACACAUGGUGACCUUCACUAAGGCCAUCUCUGUCUAUAGAUUCUUUUAUAAUUCAGUCUGUCAGGCAAUAUACAGUAUAACAACAUACAACCACCAGCUGUAGCAUUUGAGUAAAUUCAUAAGUAGAAAAACGGCUUCAUUGCCAGAAUAUCCCUUUAAUUAGUCAAUUAAGUCAUUCUCUCAGUCAGUAGUUAAUCUAUUAUUUUGCAGCAAUGCUGUGUUCUUUUAGUGAGCACAAUAAAUAUGUAUGAUGGGCCUAUACGACAGCGAGAUUGAAUCGUCACAGGUGUGAUAUGGCUUUUCUUCCAAUUAGGCUACAUGCAGCACUUCAUGCAUGAGACAUGUAAAAAGGCAAGUUCUGCCAGAUGCACUGAAGUUAUUACAUUCUUCUUUGGCAUGAACUGUAUCUCUGUAACAUUAUUCCUUUAAGCAUAGAGCUUCAAAACAGGUUUUGUGUUCCUGACUGAUCAUGUCUAGGUUGAAUAUGAAUAUCUGGGCUGUUUCCUCCAUGAAUAGGCCUAAUGAAGCUUUAGUGUAUUAGAUCUUCCUGAGCAAUGCUAUGGUUGUUUGGGGUUUAUUGCCCAAAGCCAAUACCCAAUAGCCAUUCUGCCAGAACCACAUAAAGGUCCUCUUUGAUUGACAGACAGUCUAGCAGUGACAGGCUGAAUUUACUCACUGUAUUCUGGGGCAACAACUUUGAAAGAGCAAUGAGGUGACAACUUCCAAAUAACCCUAUCUCCCUCCCUCCCUCCCUCCCUCUGUUUCUCCUGCACUCAGUUGGUCAGCAGCACUGUGCUUCAGAGAUUAAAUAAAUAAAUAAAUAAAGUGUCAGGUUUAUGGUAAUUAAGCUUUGCAUCACAAUAAUCUCUUGGCAACCUGGUUAUUCUCUACUGCACUGCAGGGGAAUUCCAAGCACACAUGCCACAGUGUGGAAGUCAAAUAGAAGUCAAGCCCAACGUUUACAAUAACUACCCACAUGCCCCUCCAGUAGGGCUAGGCCAAUAUAAGGUAUCAAUGACCACAGUGUUCUGUGUGUCAGCACAACCAGUGUUGCAGUGCAGUUGCCUACUAAUAUUGUUUUUAGUCAUGUUCAGGUAGAAGGUAGUGAUAGACCUGAAAGCUAACAAAUAAAUUAUAGACUCACUAAAGCAGGGAUGGGCAACUUAUGAUUUUUUUACUCAGUCGGGGUCUCAACUUACUGUUGCAAGUAAUCAUGGUCGAAUUACCGGCAGAGGGGUCCCCACUGAUUUUGUUAGCCAGUCUCACUCAGAUAUCAUAUUAAAAACUGCAAUAAUUUCUCUCCACCCUAUGGCAAAAUGUGUAGAAUUGCAGGAAAUUUGCUGUAAAACAACUAAUGUUGCUCUCCUCCCCAUGGCAAAAUGAAUAGAAUAGCAUGAAUUGCAGACCGUUGAGCAACUGCAGUCCCUCAUGAUGAGUUCAGAUUUUUUGUGUCCCCACCCCCAUCAAAGUUGCCCAUCCCUGCACUACAUAAAUAAAAGCAGAUGAACAAGCAAAUAAAUUGAAUACAUUGUGGAAAAGGGUAGUAGUAUUUCACCCGAUACAGAUCGAAGAAGGGGGAUGUGGUUUACCGUCAUCGUUUUACGUCAGAUAGCGAAACGAUUCCGUCUGCUCUGAAACAGGAGGCCCUGAGUUGAGUACUGUGUGUUGAAUAGGAAUGACGCCACGGAAGAAAAUGGGGUGACAGUUUCAUUUAUUUGUUUUCCAACUAUAUGAUGUCAUCUCCUGUGAUUGUCAGAGAAACAGAGAGAGCUGGCCAGGAAGGGAUCAGUAAAGAAAGGCACCGUGGGGAGCCCCAUCAACCACCAACCCAAGAAGAACAACGUCAUGGCCAGAACACGGUAACAAUGAAGAUCACACUAUUGGUUUCCUAUGCUCUUAACAUGCUGUUUUUAUUAUUUUGACCGAAGUCACGACAAGGCAGCUUGGUGCUUGGUUGACUUCUUUUGUCACAUUUUGUACAGUCCAUUCGAUUUGAAAUUUAUAAAAUGUUUGUCUGUAAACUCUUACCCAAAGAAAGAUCAGCCAUUCAAAGAAGUUCUACACCAACCCUGCAAGGGGACAGCCAACCAGUGUUUAUGAUGACACUUAACAUUUAAAACACAAAACAUACACCAAGACAUAUUUACAUUUUAGUCAUUUAGCAGACGCUCUUAUCCAGAGAGACUUACAGUUAGUGAGUGCAUACAUUAUUUUUUCUUUUUUAAAAUCAUACUGGCCCCCCAUGGGAAUCGAACCCACAACCCUGGCGUUGCAAACGCCAUGCUCUACCAACUGAGCUACAUCCCUGCUGGCCAUUCCCUCCCCUACUCUGGACGACGCUGGGCCAAUUGUGCACCGCCCCAUGGGUCUCCCGGUCGCGGCCAGCUACGACAGAGCCUGGAUUCGAACCAGGAUCUCUAGUGGCACAGCUAGCACUGCGAUGCAGUGCCUUAGACCACUUAGACCACUGCGCCACAUAUACCAUUUAUAAUAAAACAGUGACUUUAGAAAUUGUGUCCUUGUGGAUUGUGAAUGCUAAAUUCAGACUCACUCUAGUAGAAAAACCUUAGGCCUGGUUCAAUUUAACCCACUAACAGGAGCCCUUUCCCUUUGUCUGUAAUCCUAGUCCCUGGGUGGAUUAGCAGAUAUGUUAGAGCAGCUCCCCCUACACCCAGAGCCCCAGAUUAUAGGCAGUAGCCCCUUUAGCCUGGAGGCCAGAGAUUAGCCCAAAGCGUUCUAAACAGGCUAGGAGAGUGCUAACCCCUGCUGUGGCUGACUGGGACAGCUGCUGCUGCUGAGGAGGAGGCUGGUUCAUGCUAUUUAUGAUAUCCCAGUUUUGUCCCAGAUUUAGCCACGUCUAUUGUAUUCAAGAGAUCGGAAGAGAAACCCAGAAACCAGAAUAUCGUCAUUUUUGCGCCACAGUAACUGGAAAUUUGCUAAGAUUUGACUUUGAGGAGAACCCCCAUGUAUCUUCUUCUAAAUUUGAUUACAGGGUUGGUGGCUCACACCUCCUCUUCACAUACCUCCUAUGUUUCGUGCUUCUAAUCUCCAAGUAUUUUCUUCUCUCCUCUUCUUUAGUUUGGUGGUGCCAAACAAAGGCUACUCCUCUUUAGACCAGACUAGCCCGGAUGAGAAGCCCCUGGUAACGCUGGACACAGACAGGUAACAGUGAAUAUAAUGUUACUCUGGGAUUUAAACAAGGUGAGAAAAAUAAUCCUUAUUGAAACCCAUCUCACAUCUUGCUAAUGUCUUGGGCUACUUUCUCUAAAACUGGCGUCCAACAGCCCUGUUCCAGAGAUCCACUGUGAGCCUUCAGCCUUUCAAAGCACAGCCACAAUGCAUGGGGAACUACUUUCCUGAAUUCAAUACAGCCUGAAAGAGUAGCCCCUGACAGAAAAAAAGAGUGACCUGACUGCUUUGCCCUGUUGGCAGUUACAGCUCCGCUCCGAGCCUCUCUCUUAGCAGGCAGAGGCAUUCCCAAAUGAGGGAAAAAUCUGCUCCCAGUGUGCCGGAUUAGAGGGCUUGUGAUUUGGACCGCCGGGAAAAGAGGUUCAGGGUCCUCCCUCCUUCUGUGCUCCCUGCACAGUGUAGUAGCGUGGGAGACAGAUGGUCUAUGUCCCAAAUGGCACCCUAUUCCCUUCAUAGUGCAUUACUUUUGACUAAGGCCCUGGUAAAAAGUUGUGCACUAUAAAGGGAUGCAUACAUGGGUCCCCCACCCUGUGUUGUUGUUGUUGUUGCUGUUUUCCAUCAUGUUCUCAGCCGAUGUCAAACUCCUUUACUGAUCUCAGCUUUCUGGCACCCAUCCCAAUGAUGAUGUCAUGUGCUCUCUCUCUCUCUGACACACAGAGACACUUGUUUGUCUCCCUUAUUUCAGCUAUGCAUGCACACUCACUCCCUCAAUUAUUACUUUCUGUUGUUCUCUCUUUGUCUCUUACACACACUCUCAUUGUUGUACUCUGUCUCUCUCACACACACACUUUUGUUUUAUGUCAUGUGCCCUUACUCGAACACACGCACACUAAGAAACACGUAAACGCAUGCAUUAAUACAUGAAAGUACAUACAGUACGUGUUUGUGUUGAGUUUGUUUGCUCCAUAGCACAAUAUUGUAUUAUUUACAUACGUUUGACUUAUUUUACUGUCACUAUCAAUCUUGUUUGUGUUGCCCCCUGGUGUUAGGGAGGUCCAGGUAUCUGACUAUUCAUAUUUUCUUGUUUCAGUGACGAUGACUUUGACAUGUCCAGAUACUCUUCGUCUGGAUACUCCUCAGCCGAGGUGAGAUGUCUGAGGUACCAGGUAUCUAUGCACUACAUACAGCUAAUAUCACCUCAACCCGUUAUAAGCUGUCAUAAGCACUACAUAACCUGUCAUAACACUUCACUGUCCUGCUUAUGUUAAUUCCCAUGGCCUCUAUCCUGUAACCUGUAUCUCAUCUCCUCGGACCACCAUUCAAUUUAGUCAAUUUAUAACUAAGGAGUUUCUGUCAGUCAUGAUUUAUCCAUACAUCACAUUCAGUACCAUUCAUUUCUAUUCAUGUGUUCGUCUAUAUGUGUUCGUCUAUAUGUGUUCGUCUAUAUGUGUUUUAGUAGUCAUUUUCUCCUUAUUGUCUCACUACAGUUUUAUCUUUUGACACCAUUACUUGGUGUUAGGUGUACGACUAUACAACGACUAGCACUAGCACGACCCAUAGCAUUUUUAUAGUUCCGUAUGAUGUACCUAAAAGAUGUAAGAUUUCAACUCAAUAAUGAGAUGUGUGGUUCUUAUUACUAUGAUUGAGAAAUGAUCACGUUUUGGCCUCUGUCCCCUGCAGCAGGUCAACCAGGACCUCAACAUCCAGCUCCUGAAGGACGGUUACAGGCUGGAUGAAAUCCCUGAUGACGAGGAUCUGGAUCUGAUCCCGCCCAAAUCAGUCAAUCCCACCUGCAUAUGCUGCCAAGCCACCUCCUCCUCAGCCUGCCAGAUCCAAUAG